AUGGCAAACACUGUAGGAGGAGUUUUGUCAGGUGCGAACCCGUUCCACUACAACUCGAGUUCACCGCUAACUUUAUUUCUCUUUCAAGCAUGUCUUAUAUUACUGGUGUGCAAUUUAGUUCACAUCCCAUUUUCAAUGAUGAGGCAGCCUAAGGUCAUUUCAGAAGUUAUAGCAGGUGUAAUAUUAGGGCCCACUGUAUUUGGUCAAAUUCCAAACUAUACAAACACAAUAUUCCCUACGUCAUCGAUCCCGGGACUAAAUUUGGUGGCGAAUUUGGGAAUAAUACUGUUCAUGUUCUUUUUGGGCUUAGAAGUGGAUAUUGCCUUCAUUAAAAAACAUUUAAAAAAAGCACUCGUGAUAGGUAUAGCCACUUUAGCGGUGCCGUUUGGUUUUGGCUGUCUGCUAGCAAUUCCUUUAUUUCACACUUAUGCGAACAGAACAGAAGGCGAAAGGCAUAUCAAAUUCUCUGUAUUCAUGGUAUUUAUAGCUGUUUCGAUCUCCGUUACAGCCUUUCCUGUUUUAUGUCGUAUUUUAAACGAACUGCGCUUGAUCAAGGAUAGAGCUGGUAUCGUUGUCCUUGCGGCGGGUAUCAUUAACGACAUAUUGGGAUGGAUUCUAUUAGCAUUGAGUAUUAUUCUUUCGAGUGCAGAAGGAAGCCCUGUUAAUACCGUUUACAUUCUGCUUAUCACGUUUGCAUGGUUUUUGAUUUACUUCUUUCCCUUAAAAUACCUAUUAAGAUGGGUGCUUAUAAGAACCCAUGAACUUGACAGAAUCAAGCCUUCACCAUUGGCAACGAUGUGCAUUUUAUUUAUCAUGUUCAUUUCUGCUUACUUCACGGAUAUUAUUGGGGUUCAUCCUAUUUUCGGUGCCUUCAUUGCUGGUUUAGUGGUACCUAGAGAUGAUCACUAUGUUGUUAAAUUAACAGAAAGAAUGGAAGAUAUACCGAAUAUUGUUUUCAUUCCAAUCUAUUUUGCUGUUGCCGGAUUGAAUGUUGAUUUGACUUUGUUGAAUGAGGGAAGAGACUGGGGCUAUGUUUUUGCAACAAUCGGUAUUGCCAUCUUUACUAAAAUUAUUUCAGGUACUCUUACGGCUAAACUUAGCGGCUUAUUUUGGAGGGAAGCCACUGCAGUCGGUGUUUUGAUGUCUUGCAAAGGUAUUGUUGAAAUUGUUGUAUUGACUGUUGGUUUGAAUGCUGGUAUUAUUAGUAGAAAAAUAUUUGGUAUGUUUGUGUUAAUGGCUUUGGUUUCUACUUUUGUUACCACUCCUCUUACGCAGGUUGUAUAUCCAGAUUCAUACCGAGAUGACGUUCGCAAAUCCUUAUCUACACCUGGGGAAGACGAUGGGGCAGCAAAUGGCCUCGAUUCUGAGGGUGUUGACAAUACUGAAAUUAACACUCAAUUAAAUUCAUUGGCAGAUGUUGCCAAAUAUAGAAUUGGUGAACUGACCACCGUGAUAAACACUACAGAAGCGAUCUCUCCGUCUUUAAAGCUGUUAAAUUACCUAUCUUUAGGAGUGUCUCCUAAGCCUAAGAGUAACAGACAAAGAAACGAAACCUCCUUGAGCAGAAUGACGACUGCUACUGAUUCUACAUUGAAAUCCAACACAUUCAAAAUAAAAAAAAUGGUUCAUAUUUGGUCUAAAAGCGUUGACGAUGUGGAUACUAACCUAAGUGUUAUAAAUGAAAAACUGAAUGCGUUUGAAGGAGUUGGCGCAUUGAGAGCCAUUCAUUUACGAUUGCUUACUGAACGAACAACUGAUCUGCUGCAAUCAUCUUCUCUAUAUAAUGAUGAUCCCGAUUUCACUGCGAAUACAGAUUCAUUACUACAAAUAUUUGAUAUUUUUUCAAACCUAAGCAAAAUACCAUUUUCUAGUGAGGUGAUAUUUUCUACUAUACGUGAAAAGGCAGCUAAUAUUGCGACGAUGAAAAUGGACUCUUCAGAUCUCAUUUUACUGCCACUGAAAGGAGCCUCGUAUGAGUAUAGAGGAAGCCCCGUCUUCAUUGAUGAAAAAUACGCCAACUUCGAUCACAUUUAUUCUCAUCUCCUGGGUUUGAAUGAAUUAUCAUCUACUUUUUUCAAGUCUAUUUUCCAGUCACUCAAGGCAAAUUUUGCUGUUCAAAUUUCAAACACCUAUGGCAGGUUAAAUGCAGAUCGUUUUAAAAGAAAACGGUUCAACUUAUUACUACCAAAACCAUACCUGACACAGUCAGAUUAUCUUGGACUAUAUCUUCUCUUAUUGAUAUGCUAUAGAGAUGGCUAUAAUAAUGAUAACGCAUCCUGUAGUAUAUUUAUUAACAGUAAGAAUAGUGAUUUUGCAAAAGAUUUGUCAACCGCAUUUGCUGAGCAUGACUGGCUAAACGAAUCUACCGUUAAGAUUGUGGAUAUUCCCUUUGAAACAAAGAGUCCAAAAGAAGCAAUUGAAAGGUCGUCUUUUAUAGAAACUGUGCUGGACAUAGGAUUAUCAGAUACUGCUUUAGCCGAUAUAGAGGAGACCACAUUCAUUAUUGGAGAGGACCUUCUUGAUGAAAGUGAGCCCUUCAGCGAGGAGGUGAGGAAUGUUAUAUUUGAAGGGUCUAACCGUCGUUUUGACACGCUUAUUGUGCACCAUUUUUCGUCUGAAUAA